CACAAAUACAUGUAACCUACAUGUAUACCCUCCUCUGGGUGAAAAUGUUUGUAUUUUGAAAUACUUUCAUAUAUAUUAGUCACUAAGAAAAUCUUAAAAUGUCACAAUUUGAAAGCCAUGGUUUGCAGGAACGACCAGACUUCUAAUACACGUUCAUGACCUUUUUCUUUUACACUCCUGUCUCCUCCUUCUGCAUCAUUUUGACAACCUGUUACAUCAGCUCGUCUCGUAGGAAUAGCAAGAUUAUCCUGGCUGCCAUUCAUCUUUUUCAGCUGUUCAAUUAUACAUGCUACACAGUCUCCUGUCACACGUCUUCUGGCUUUCAGAGGAGAACCUGUUGUAGAGAACCACUUCGAUCUCUGUGGAAAACCACGUGUCUUUAGAUCUAGUGCUCUGUCACUCUGAGAAUUCACUCGCCUCUGCUGAACCUUUGAUGAAAUCGCUGCCAUCAAGCUGUUGCUCAUCCCUGCAUCAUGGAGGUUCAGCCUGGUGCAUCAUGGGAGCUCAUCAACGGCAUGACAGAUACAAUAUAUAGGGACUGAGAGGUCGUCAUGGAGACAAGCCCAGCCACCACUGACUGGGUCGGGACGGUGGGCAGCCUGGAGGGACUAGACCUCCAGGAUCAUGGAGGAGGAGGCUCGUCCAGCACUGUGACGUCCUGGCACAUGCCGUACUCGCUGGGCUUCCAGGUGUCACUCACAGCGUUCCUCAUGCUGGAGCUGGUGCUGGGCUUCAGCAGCAACCUGACCGUGCUGGUCCUCUACUGCUCUCAGUCCAACUUGGUGGACUCUGUGAGUAACAUGGUAACGGUCAACCUGCACGUGUUGGACGUGGCGGUGUGCGCGCUGUGUCUGCCCCUCACGCUGGUCAUAGUGCUGCUGCCUCCGGGACCAAACCUGGCCCUGCUCUGCUGCUUCCACGAAGCCUGCGUCACCUUUGCCAGCAUCGCCACAGCCAUCAACAUCCUGGUCAUCACCUUGGACCGGUAUGACAUCUCGGUGCGGCCGGCAAACCGGCUGCUGACCACGCGCAGAGCGGCGCUGCUCCUGGCCGCUGUUUGGAUCACCUCAAUCGCCGUGUUUUUCAUCCCAUUCUUGGAGGUGGAGUGGUACGAGGGGGAGGGACCAGAGGAGAAAGGGCCGGUGACCCCACUGUCUUUGUCCUCCUCACAUGGCCUCAGUGCCACAGUGGUGCCAGCGGCGUGGCGUAACCGGACGCUGCUGUGUCUUGGCGGGCAGGGCUAUCACACAAGCCUGAGUAUGUAUUACCAUCUCGUCCUGCAGGUGCCCAUCUUCUUUACCACCGUGGCAGUCAUGCUCUUCACCUACUCCAGAAUCCUGAGGGCUUUAAACAUCCGCAUCGGCUCGCACAUGAAGAAGAGCCAGCGGUUCCGCGGCUCGUCCUGCAGCGGGCGCCACAAGAGACAGAAAAAGAAGAAGAAGGCGGGGCUCAGAGUGAUCGAUGGCGGCGAGGGAGCAGGGGAUCAGAACAACACAGAUGGUACAAAACAGCUGAGCCACCCUCCCCUCAUUCCCUCCCCCUCACCGACGCCCACAGCUACCUCCCCUCCUGCCCUCUCUUCAUCAGCACCGCUGGUCAUCUCUGCCGCCACGCCCAUGCCGCCCUCCAUGGGUGUUCAGGCCUCUGUGUCGGCCAUCAUUGCCCUGAGGAGGGCAGUGCGGCGACACCGGGAUCGGCGCGAGCGUCAGAGGCGGGUAUUCAAGAUGUCCCUCAUCAUCAUCACCACCUUCCUGGCUUGUUGGGCUCCCCUCUCUGUGACCAACGUGCUCAUUCUCGGCAUUGGCCCCAACGACGCCCUGAUCAGCCUGCGCCUCUGGUUUCUCGCUCUAGCUUAUGGCACCACGGUCUCACACCCGCUGCUCUACGCCUUCACGCGACAGAAGCUGCGGCGCGCCCUCCGUGCCAAGGUUAAGAAGAGGGUGGUGUCCCUACUCCAAGUCGACCCCUCACCAGGGGGCACUGUCAUACACAACUCCUGGGUGGAGAACAGAAAAACCAGCCGGCAGGUGCGGCUGGAAGCCAGCGAUGGCACUGACCGUUGCCAGGCAGAGGCCCUGUGAGACUUGACUCCAUUUCCUACUGUAACUUGUUUCAUUAAGAAACUUGCUGGUGCGUGAAACUGUUGUACGAAAUGUGAAAAACACAUUUCUACCUCUGGGAGAUGUUCUAAUAAUUGAAGCACCAGCAGCAGGCCCAUGUUAAACACCUCGGCUAUCGCCUCAGGCAGCUGUUGCUGUGGACACAGUUGCGUGCCGAGUCUUUGGCGCUGAGGCAAACCAUUCAACAACAAACACACAAGUGUAUAUAGUUUGGUCAAGUCCUGAAGUCUGUUUACAUUUGGAGCCGUGUCAGAGCGGCCGCUUACAUAACUGCUCCAGAGAACGUGCUUCAGCAGCGGAUGAUCUGAUCUGCCUCGCGCUCAAAGGCAGCUCGCAAAAAAUGUCCACCCACUUCAGAUACAGAAAAACUCUGUGAAUGUACGUCUCUGCCUUAACUCUGCGUGGAACAGCCACCGCCACUCGAUCCACAGAGAGCAGGCGAGGCGCACGUCUGAGUACGACUAUAAUGUGAAUUUUAUCACACAAUCACAUGUUAACAGUGUUUAUAUAAAUGCAACUCUCUACUGA